AUGGCAGAGUUCUCCCAGAAGCAGGGAAAGCGGCAUGACGACGCUGUGCUGGGCAGUGCUGUGGACUUCCUGUUGGCCAAUGCCCGCCUAGUGCUGGGCAUGGGCGCAGCUGCUGUGCUGGGUAUUGCCACCCUGGCUGUGAAGCGGCUCAUUGACAAAGCCACCAGCCCACGGGAUGAAGAAGACGAUGCCAAGGGUGACGCCACGUGCAUGGAGGAUGGCUGGAAAGAGAUGAGCCUGCUCAAGGCCACGCCACGCCCACAGCCACAGCCCCUGCCUGCUGUCCUCAGUCAGCAUUUGUCUACCCUGGCCCCCUUGGCCACUGCCCCAGAGGGGCCUGGAGAGGCUGAUCCUUGUAUGUUACCUCAACAUGGCUCUCCAGUAGAGUUGUGCCUGACCUUCCAGGAGAAGCUGCUGGCAUUUGAGCGGGACCACGUGUCUGUCCCAGCAGUUGAUGUGACUGUGGCCCAGCAGCUGGCCCGUGACAUCAGCCUCGAACUUCAGGCCUUCCUGCGAAGCAAGUUCCCAGAACUGCCCUUUGGGGUCCUUGAGCCUGGUGGGCCGCUCUUUGAUGGGUUACACGCUGGUGCUGCUGACCCUGUGCGUCUCCUUGUGCCACUACGACUGGAGCCGGACCUGUGGGGCUUGGUGCCAGGGGCCGACACUGUGGCCAGAGACACUCGUUGCUGGGCUGUGCGCCGGACCCAACUGGAGUUCUGUCCCCGUGGGAGCAGCCCCUGGGACCGCUUCCUGGUGGGUGGCUACCUGUGUGCCCAGCUUCUACUGGAGUUGCUCCGCAAGGCACUUACCACCUCUGUCAACUGGCCAGCCAUUGGCAGCCUUCUUGGGUGCCUGGUCCGACCCAGCGUGACCUCUGAGCUGCUGCUGCUUGAGGUACAGCAGGAACAUUUGGAGCUCACCAUUGCCGUGCUUCCUGCCAUGGCUGGUGCUGGUGUCAAUGACCAUGUCCUCCUGGCCUGGCCUCUGGAGGGGCUGGCCGGGAAGCUUUGGCUGCAGGACUUCUACCAGGCUGAGGCCAACAGGCUACGGGCCCUGGAUGACCAAGACGCUGGCACCCGUCAGCGACUUCUGCGACUGCUGUGUGUUAUCUGCCACCGUCACCCAGCUCUGGGGCAGCUGAGCCGGGGUCACCUCACUCAAGUGGUUCUGCACCUGGGGGAGCAAGAGGUGGACUGGGCUGAGGAGGCGCUGGGGUCACGCUUCCUGCAGGCCCUGGAGGAGCUCAUCAGUGGCCUGGAGCAGGCCAGCCUGCUAUGCCACUUCAACCCCAGUGUGAACCUCUUUGGCACCUUCCGUGAGGAGGAGAUUGAUGGCAUUGGUUAUGUGUUGUAUAGUGGCCUGCAGGCCCCUGAGUUACUGCUCUGA